UCUGAAACCAGCUUCAGAUGCUUCUGCUAUGACCUUUGAAUGGGCAAGACCUGACCUUAAACCCAGAUUUGUCCAUGUGUGGCAUGAAGGUCAAGACCUCCAUGUUAAUCAGCAUUCAUCUUUCAAAGGACGAACAUCAGUAGACAUCACUAAACUGAAGCAUGGAGAUAUUUCACUGAAACUCUCCAAAGUAAAACACUCAGACAAAGGAGUAUACAGAUGUUACUUUCCAGAUUUGGAUAAAGAGAUUACUGUCCAGCUUGUUGUUGGGAGUGUUUCCCCGGCAGUAGUAAGGUUAACUGGAAUUGACCAAUCCAUAAGUGGAGUGGUGUUACAGUGUGAGUCUGCAGGCUGGUAUCCAGAGCCUGAGCUGCUGUGGUUGGACGCUGAGGGAAACCUCCUCUCUGCUGGACCUACAGAGACCCUCAGAGGUCCUGAUGACCUCUAUACUGUCAGCAGCAGAGUGACUGUGGAGAAGAGACACAGCAACAACAUCACCUGCAGAGUCCAACAGAGGAACACCAACCAGAGCAGAGAGACACACAUACAUGUUCCAGAUGAUUUGUUUGGGACUCCAUGUAGCUCUGCAGCUUGCAUUGCCAUCAGCAUGACUGCUUGUGUCAUGAGUGUCCUUGUACUCAUCUUUGCUUUGUGGAAAAACAAACACAAAACCACUAUGACCCGACAACAAGAGAACUUGGACCACACAGAGAAUCAAAAAAUGAAGGAUAACAUGAUUAAACUUACGAAAGAAUUACAGAAGAAGGAGGAAGACCACAAAAACAUGGUGGGGACACUGAUGUUACACAAGAAAGAAUUGAAAGAAGAGAAAGAUAAAUUUAAACUGCAAUUAAUGAAAAUGGAGGAAGUGGUGGAUGUCAGUGAAACGGAGCUCCACUCAAAGGAGCAAGAAAAAGGUUCCUCUAGUGCACCAUCUUUAGAUCUUAAAAAAAAAGUCUUAGAAUACAAAUGGAGCAUGAAUGAAACAGUGACAGCAUCUGAGAAACUGGUACUAAGCAUAGAGAAAAUGUUACAAUAUAUAGAAACUGUGGCAAGCCCUGGUUUACAGAGUACGGACUCAGGACACAGUAUUUGUGAAGACAGUACACUGAUAUCAGAGGAAGAAAAAAAAAAAAGAGUACAGCAAUCACAUUAAUAGUGUGAUUUUUUUUGCAGGAAUGAAGAAAUGCUCAUGCACUAUUUGCAAAUUACCACAUUUAGAAUUUGUUUGGUGAAGUAGUGUAAAGUGAUGCAUUUCAAUAUAUGUCAACAUAAAUUUUGAUGCUGUGGAAAUUUAGUGCCUAA